CAAAGUUCCUCUGUUUUAGCUGUCCUCUGCCUCGUUCUCAUGUCACAUGAACCAUACCUUUCUCUAACAUCACUCUCCCCCCCAAAAAUAGACCUCUCUCCUUCUCUUUCUCUCCGUUACAUUCUUCGCUCACAUCCUCCCAAAAUAAAGGCUCUCUCACCUUUACUUUCUCUUUCAUUUAUUUACACUAAUAACCUUCUCUGUUUUGCACCAAUGGAACAACAAAAACUAACUCCGGAGCUCUUCCUCGUCGCCGGUAACUCUGACUCUUUCGUCGUCGACGACCUACUUGACUUUUCUAACGACAACGGCCAACCUGACGACGAACUCGAAACCUUCCCUGAUUCUUCCACCGUAUCCCCCGGUAAUCUUGCCGAUAUCUCCAACUCCUCCUCGUCGCUUUACACCGACGGCAGCGUGUUCUCCGACGACCUCUGUGUUCCGAGUGAGGAUUUAGCUGAGUUAGAAUGGUUAUCGAACUUCGUGGAAGAAUCAUUCUCAAAAGAAGACCAAGACAAGCUUCAGUUACUGUCCGGCCUACAAAAACCUCAAACCACCCGGUUAACCCUAACUAAACCAGAACCGGAACCCGAACCGGAGUUGGAUCAAAUCUUCAUCCCCACCGACACCGACGACUCAAAUGUUUCCGCUGUUCCCGCCAAAGCGAGAAGCAAGAGACCUCGCUCCGCAGCCUCCACGUGGGCUUCCCGUCUCCUAGCGAUCGCCGGCUCCUCCGACGAGUCCUAUCCGAAGAAGAAACAGCUCAGAGCCAAAGAACACGACGGCACAGCCGGGGAACUCGAAGGUGAAGCCGGAGAAACCGGAGGAGAGAGACGGUGUCUUCACUGCGCGACGGACAAGACGCCGCAGUGGCGGACGGGACCGAUGGGACCUAAGACGCUGUGCAACGCGUGCGGAGUACGGUACAAGUCAGGAAGGCUCGUGCCGGAGUAUAGACCUGCUUCGAGCCCGACGUUCGUGAUGGCGAGGCACUCGAACUCUCACCGGAAAGUGAUGGAGCUACGGCGACAGAAGGAGAUGAGGGACGAGGGUUUGAUGAGUCAGCUCCGGUGUGAGAGUCUCGUGAUGGAUAUCAGAUCCAACGGUGACGAUUUCUUAAUCCGUGAUAAUAAUAGUAUUAAUCACGUGGCUCCUGAUUUUAGGCACUUAAUCUAACCUUUCCUUCGUAUUUCCACGUGGAUUAAUUCAGAAGAAUAAGUUUUCUUAAUGGUUAUUAUUUACGUUUUUAUUA